AUGGUUAAAGACACUUCCAAGGCUGCUGCCGCCAAGAAGGCUGCUCUUAAAGGAGUUAACGCUAAGGCUACCAAGAAGAUGAUUACUUCUACUAGUUUCAGAAGACCAAAGACUCUUCGUCUUGCUCGUAAGCCAAAGUACCCAAGAGUUUCUGUUCCAAAGGUUAACUCUGUUGACCAAUACAGCAUUCUUAGAUAUCCACUUAAGACUGAAUCUGCCAUGAAGAAGAUCGAAGAUGACAACACCCUUGUCUUCAUUUGCGACGUUAAGGCCAACAAGAAGCAAAUCAAGGAUGCCGUUAAGAGAAUGUACCAAGUUGAUCCUGUAAGAAUCAACACUUUAAUUACCCCAAAGGGUGCUAAAAAGGCUUUCAUCCGUCUUACUGCUGAUGUUGAUGCUUUAGAAGUUGCUAGCAAGAUCGGUUUCGUUUAA